AAUGCUGCCCUGGGCUCACUGUUGUGAUCAGCCGGUGUGUGUGCGUGUGUGCACAACAACUCAGAAGGGCUGAGGGCUGUGUGUCUGUGUCAAACGCUGCUACCAUGACUGCUGUGCACCGCUUGGUCAUCGUCCGCCACGGCGAGAGCUCCUGGAACCAGGAGAACCGCUUCUGCGGCUGGUUCGAUGCCGACCUCAGCGAGAAGGGCGUGGGGGAGGCAAAGCGCGGAGCACAGGCCAUCAAGGACGCGGGCCUCAAGUUUGACGUGUGCUACACCUCCGUGCUGAAACGAGCCAUCAAGACCCUGUGGACCAUCAUGGAGGGCACAGACCAGAUGUGGCUGCCCGUGAUUCGCAGCUGGCGUCUGAACGAGCGCCACUACGGCGGCCUGACGGGUCUGAACAAGGCCGAGACGGCAGCCAAACACGGUGAGGAGCAGGUGAAGAUCUGGCGCAGAUCAUUUGACAUCCCUCCUCCCCCCAUGGACAAGGACCAUCCUUUCAACAAAAUCAUCAGCGAGUCCAGACGCUACAAGGGUCUGAAGCCUGGCGAGCUGCCCACAUGUGAGUCCCUGAAGGACACCAUCGCUCGAGCUCUGCCUUUUUGGAACGAAGUGAUCGCUCCUGAAAUCAAAGCUGGGAAGAACGUGAUCAUUGCUGCCCAUGGUAACAGCCUCCGUGGCAUCGUCAAGCACUUGGAGGGCAUGUCUGAUGCAGCCAUCAUGGAACUGAACCUGCCCACAGGAAUCCCCAUUGUGUACGAGCUGGACGCAAACCUAAAACCCGUCAAACCCAUGGCUUUCCUGGGAGAUGAAGAAACCGUCAAGAAGGCCAUGGAGGCUGUGGCUGCCCAGGGCAAAGUCAAGAAGUAAAAAAACAAAAAGAAAAAAAAACAA